AUGGGUCACAAAUUCACAGUUAUCACCGGAGUCAAAUCCAGCAACUUUUACGAGCAAGGCAACGCUAUCAAUGAGAUCUGGCUAGGUAACGUUGAAGUGAUCUCCCGUCUUCCCUUUGGUGACUCGGAUUUGGGACAAGCUGGCUGGCCAUCAGGCGACUGGCCGAAGAUCCCGUGGCAUCAGUUUGUCAUUCCACUCAAACGCGAUCUCGAAUCAAGCAAUACCGCUGUCAUGGCAAGCAACGGGUCUCUAUGCACCUGCACCUGUCCAAAGAUCAAUGUUCCGGAUUUCGGGUUUGGUUACUUCACCUUUUACCAGAACUGGGACAAAAUGUAUACCUUUUUUGCGGGGCUUGGGAUGGCCUGGAUGGGUUACUUGAUGUGCCAGACCUUCAUUCUAGCCAAAUCCCAUAUUGGGUUGUCCGAAGAGGCGGACACUCUCAUCUCUCAUCCACAAUCGCACAUGAGAUCCCUUCGAUCUUGGGUUCUCCUUGCCGCCAAGAGUUUUGGAAUCGGCCUCAUACUUUUCUAUCUGGGUCUCUACAUCCUGAACGAGGCAGGGUAUCUUCUACUUGCUUCGGUGAAGAACAUCAGUGCCCCGGCAUUGACUCUUUUCAUCAUGACAUACUUUGUGUGCAAGGUGACCGUUGAAAUUUUUUUCGCAUUCCUGAUCGCACUUCUCACCUUGUUGUGGAAGCUCAGACAAAAUCAUGCGCGACAUCGAUUGCUUGAUACAGAGUCAUGCAUAGCGACCGAAACUUCACUUCAGUCAGUGUAUGUCAAUGAGGACAUGCAAUGUCCAGAAAAACCUCCUCUAGAUGGCGAGUUCGUUUAG